AUGGAUGUGGAUGACGACGAUUUUUCAGGCUCUGAGCCGAGGCUGACUUGUCCAGGGGAGACCAUCACAUCUUCCCAAGCAUUCAUGCGUGGGCACGGAACAUAUGUUGACAAAGAGGAUGUCAUUGCUUCCGUUGUGGGGACCGUAGAGCGGGUGAACAAGCUUGUGACCGUUCGUGCGAUUCGUACCAGAUACAAUCCAGAGGUGGGAGAUCUUGUCGUUGGGCGCAUAACAGAGGUUCAACCUCGAAGAUGGAAAGUAGAUGCCAAUUCGCGCCAGGAUGCCGUUUUGAUGCUUUCGUCAGUGAAUCUACCCGGAGGGGUACAACGUCGGAAAUUGGAGAGUGAUGAACUCCAAAUGCGAAAUUUCUUCGAGGAAGGGGAUCUCCUUGUUGCGGAAGUACAAGCAUUUUUUUCAGAUGGCGCCAUGUCGUUACACACGCGGUCUUUGAAGUACGGCAAGCUGCGGAACGGCCAACUCGUAACAGUACCCCCGAUAUUGGUUCGGCGAUUAAAGUCCCAUUUUAUAUCUUUGCCGUGCGGUGUCGACCUUAUCCUAGGAUUAAACGGCUACAUAUGGGUUAGCAAACAAGUGAAGGACAGUGACCAAGGGGAAGAGGGUUUUGAUGCUGAAGCGGUGUAUUCGAACCAAAACGAUGACAUUGACAAUGCUACUCGCGCUGCAAUCUCACGCGUCAGUAACAUCAUCCGUGUCUUUGCGGACCAUUUCGUUCCUUUGACAGAUACACUUUUACUGGAAGCCUACGAGUGGGUCAUCGAACAAGAAGGGGAUGCCAAACAUUUGUUAUUGGGUGAUACAGGCGAUGCGCUUGUUGCUGCGAUGAGUCUUAGAGGUUGA